AAUGACGUUAAUUAAUCACGAACAGCGAUGAAAAACUCGAUCACCGUUCAUUUUGCUGCUUUGUUUAUUUAUUUAUUUACUAAACAAACCAACAAACAACAAAAUACCUAUUUAAAUGCGCCGUACAGCUACAACAAAAGAGCUACACUACCGAACUUCGGCAAGCAACCCGACCAAAAAGCAGUUCAUUCAUUCAACUUGGCGAGCCAUAUAUAAACGAGUAGCUACCGCGCCAUACACAAUCAUUUUAAAUCGAACCGUCAAUCGAAUAAGUAAUAAGUUUUAAGUAGUGCCGAGUUAUUUUUUUCCGUUAAACAUUCUUUGUUGAUCUAUUGUGUUAAAAAAUUAUUCAAGCAAUUAAAAAAAAUAAUAAAUAAAAAAAUUCUAAACUAUCCUGAAAAGAAAAAAAAUUAAAAAAAAAGCGAAUAAAACGAGAAAAAUCCAAUCGAAAAAACGAGAAAAUAUUUAUUUAAGAAGUAACGAACUAAUCAAAAAAGAUGAGGAAAGACGCAGGAGGAUAUAUCAUUCUUGGUGGCUUUGAACAAAGACCAUGGACGCCCACAAAACGACGAGGACCAAUAUCUGCAGAAUUAGCAUCUCCUGGUCCAGCUUGUGUGCAACUGCCACAGCUCUUGGGAACAAAAGUCGUUGAUUCGAAACGUCAUGCUGCUCCGGCAUUCUCUCUGGGUCAAAAGCCAAAAGUUAAAGUUGAAACAUUUGGUCCAGGUCCCGCUGAAUACCAUAUUGGAGGCUUAGGUGCCAAAGGAAAAGAUACGCCGCCACAAAUUUCCUUAGCUGCCCGUGCUAAGGCAAAACAAAUUUGUCCAACUCCAGCUCCGGGCGAUUAUAACGUCGAAAAGGCGGAAAAGUUGUUGGGAGAAGCUGCACCAAAAUUCACGUUUGGUGUCAAAAAAGUCAUUGAUGGAUCCACGGAGACUCCAGCGCCAUUGGAUUAUUUCCCUGAAAAAUGCAAGCUGGAUUCAAGUCCUGCAUAUACAAUGAGUGGCAGACUCAAUAUUGCGAAAACAGACACUAUUCCUGCGCCAAAUGCCUAUGACGUGGAUAAACAUAAGAUUGUGGAUACGCCUGCAUACACAUUUGCUGGAAAAGGAUAUCAACCGAAAAAAGAUGAGACACCUGCACCGUUUGCUUAUCACCCUGAAGAUUGCAAAUUAGAUAGUGCACCUGCUUAUACUAUGAGACCAAAAACGAACAUAGAAAAGCCUAACAUGGUCCCAGCUCCCAACGCGUAUGAAACAGAAAAAGUCAAUCUCGAUCAUUCUCCAGCUUAUACAAUGAGACCCAAAACAGGCGUAGAAAAGCCUAACAUGGUCCCAGCACCCAACGCGUAUGAAACAGAAAAGGUCAAUCUCGAUCAUUCUCCAGCUUAUACAAUGAGACCCAAAACAGGCGUUGAGAAGCCAAAUAACGUUCCCGCUCCAAAUGCCUAUGCUGUUGAUAAGUUAGAUCUCAACGAUUCUCCGGCGUAUACAAUGAGACCAAAAACAGGCGUAGAGAAGCCAAACAUGGUUCCCGCUCCAAACGCUUAUGGAGUUGAAAAAGUUAAUCUCGAUCAUUCUCCAGCUUAUACAAUGAGACCCAAAACAGGCGUUGAGAAGCCAAAUAACGUUCCCGCUCCAAAUGCAUAUGCUGUUGAUAAGUUAGAUCUUAACGAUUCUCCUGCUUACACAAUGAGACCCAAAACAGGCGUAGAGAAGCCAAACAUGGUUCCCGCUCCAAACGCUUAUGGAGUUGAAAAAGUUAAUCUCGAUCAUUCUCCAGCUUACACAAUGAGACCCAAAACAGGCGUUGAAAAACCGAACAUGGUUCCUGCUCCAAACGCCUAUGAUGUUGAUAAGUUAGAUCUCAACGAUUCUCCCGCUUACACAAUGAGACCCAAGACAGGCGUUGAAAAACCGAACGUGGUACCCGCUCCAAACGCUUAUGAAGUUGAAAAAGUUAAUCUUGAUCACUCUCCAGCUUAUACAAUGAGACCCAAAACAGGCGUUGAGAAGCCAAAUAACGUUCCCGCUCCAAAUGCAUAUGCUGUUGAUAAGUUAGAUCUUAACGAUUCUCCUGCUUACACAAUGAGACCCAAAACAGGCGUAGAGAAGCCAAACAUGGUUCCCGCUCCAAACGCUUAUGGAGUUGAAAAAGUUAAUCUCGAUCAUUCUCCAGCUUAUACAAUGAGACCCAAAACAGGAGUUGAAAAGCCCAAUAACGUUCCCGCUCCAAAUGCCUAUGCUGUUGAUAAAUUAGAUCUUAACGAUUCUCCAGCUUAUACAAUGAGACCCAAAACGGGAGUUGAAAAACCGAACAUGGUUCCUGCUCCAAACGCCUAUGAUGUUGAUAAAUUAGAUCUCAACGAUUCUCCCGCUUACACAAUGAGACCCAAGACAGGCAUUGAGAAACCAAACAUGGUACCCGCUCCAAACGCUUAUGAAGUAGAAAAAGUUAAUCUUGAUCACUCUCCAGCUUAUACAAUGAGACCCAAAACAGGAGUUGAGAAGCCAAAUAACGUUCCCGCUCCAAAUGCCUAUGCUGUUGAUAAGUUAGAUCUCAACGAUUCUCCGGCUUACACAAUGAGACCCAAGACAGGCGUAGAGAAGCCAAACAUGGUUCCCGCUCCAAACGCUUAUGAAGUAGAAAAAGUUAAUCUUGAUCACUCUCCAGCUUAUACAAUGAGACCCAAAACAGGAGUAGAGAAACCGAACAUGGUUCCUGCUCCAAACGCAUAUGAAACAGAAAAGGUUUGUCUUGAUCAUUCUCCGGCUUACACAAUGAGACCCAAAACAGGCGUAGAGAAGCCAAACAUGGUACCCGCUCCAAACGCAUAUGAAACAGAAAAGGUUUGUCUUGAUCAUUCUCCGGCUUACACAAUGAGACCCAAAACAGGAGUUGAGAAACCAAACAUGGUACCCGCUCCAAACGCUUAUGAAGUUGAAAAAGUUAAUCUGGAGCAUUCUCCAGCUUACACAAUGAGACCCAAAACAGGAGUUGAGAAACCCAACACAGUUCCCGCCCCUAACGCAUACGCAGUUGAAAAAGUACAGUUAGAUAGUGCGCCUGCCUUCACAAUGAGACCUAAGCCUAAAAUGGAAAGACCCGUUAUUGUUCCAGCGCCAAAUGCUUAUCGUCCCGAAAUCAUCAAGGAAAAAGUUGGACCUGCAUGGACUUUUGGUUACAAACCUGAAGAUGACAAUGCAUGGGUCAACCUUAGUCGUCACAUCACAUUCAACUAUCGUGAUAACAGACGUGGCAGUAAUGCGUCUCAAGGUACUUACGACAUUCCAGAUGAGCCAGCUCCACAAACUCAAAUUGUUACAAAUGGUCACUCUAACGGUUACUCAAAUUCUACUGAAACAAAAUCAUCAAGCAGUACAGUUAAAACCUCUCAGAAGCAAAGUAGUACAAGUAGUACUUGUGUAGUAACCACGAAUAUCAUUAAAGAACAACAACAUCACCUUAGAACUUGUCGCUUGUACUUCCAUCAAUUCAACGCUCCUAAUAUUUACAAAAUCCCAAGCGUUUUGGGGUCCUCACGCGAGGGUCCAAUCAGAUCAGCGCCAGCAUUCUCCAUGACAUCGCGUGCAAAACAAAAACUUCCAAUGUGUGCCCAAUUUCCAGGUCCUGGUACGUAUGAAUCAAACUUUGAGCCGCUUGUUCGAAAACAACCAACAUAUUCAAUGGCAACACGUUUCAAAAUACCAACUGAUGAGAAUCAAAAACCGGGACCUGCUCAACAUCAUCACGAACGGAUCAAUUUGAGCCAUAUUCCAUGUUAUUCGUUCGGUAUCAAACACUCGCCAUAUUUAGGAAGAUUCAAAGAAAGUGUUGCCUACUAAAUGCCGUAGUUUUUAUGUAUCGAGGUGCUUGUCUGCAAAACGUCUCUUGCUGAU